UCUAUACUCUAUAUCAUGAUAAUGUGUUAUGUUAUACUUAUACCAACUCUUCCUCUAAAAUAAACACCAAUUUUAUAAACACAAUAAGUGUAUUUAUGAUGGGUUGUGUUUGUAUGAAGCUGAAACGGUUUAGAUAUAAAGACUCUAAAGUUCUUGCUUCUCAAACAUAUUCUAAGCCGUUUAGUUAUGAAGACCCUGAAGUUCUUGCCUCUCAAACUUAUUUUACUAUAAAUGAGGUUGAGUUUUUACAUGAGCUGUUCAAGAAGUUAAGCAGUUCUAUAGUUGAUGAUGGACUAAUAAGCAAAGAAGAGUUUCAGCUUGGCUUAUUUGGGAACAGCAAAAAACAAAGUCUCUUUGCAGACAGGAUGUUUCAAAUGUUUGAUACCAAACAAGAUGGGGUAAUCGAUUUUGGCGAAUUCGUUCGAUUUCUGAGUGUCUUCCAUCCAAAAGCACCUCAAGCUGAAAAAGUUGCGUGUGCUUUUCAACUCUAUGAUUUAUGGCAUACAGGCUUCAUUAAACAUGAGGAGGUUAAGGAGAUGAUCUUGGCGCUUCUUAAAGAGUCAGACUUGAUUCUCCCUGAUGAGAUAAUUGAAUCAAUCAUUAUAAAGACAUUCGAAGAAGCUGAUUCGAAAAGAGAUGGGAAGAUUGACAUGGAAGAGUGGAAGGAAUUAGUGGCUAAAAAUCCAUCCUUACUGAGAAACAUGACAAUUCCAUAUUUGAAAGACAUCACAACUAUGUUCCCCAGUUUUGUGCUAAAACCAGAUGUGGAAGACAGCAGUAACUUCUAAAUUUUAGAAAGAUCACUAUGGAAUGGCCAAAACUGAAAGAAAUAUCUUCAUUAUCUCAAACCAGUUACACUUUAAAGUUUGCUGUCAGCAGGAAAAGAAUUCCAGCCUACUGAAACCUCUCCACUAGGCCUUCUGCACCACUAUAUCCUGAAGGUUCAUGGGAUAGCACAUUUUUGAGUGGCGGCCAUUCCAAACAUUGUCAGCGAUGACCGAGUUCACUGCAUCAGUAGGAUGAAACUGGUCCCACCAGAUGUAGUAAGAAGCAUCAUUACACGCCAUUUCUGGUGAUAAACACAUAAUCCAACCUUUGUAUUUGCCCAGACCACAGCAAGCAUCAGUAGUGACAUUGAAACCUGAAAAAAAGAACCCAUAUGCAGCAUAUAAAGAUGUAAACACCACCAAGAGAUGUACAGGACAAUUAAGCUGUAAUUAAACCAAAAAUGUCUCUCACCAUAACUUUCAGGCUUCUUUAGUAUAUCCAUGGCACCUUCAAGCACAUCACAGAAGAUGAGACUGGAAUUUCGAAGCUUCUUCCCAAGCUCUUCAAUGGUGUAUCUCAUGACAAAGUUAAACUCCAUUAUCAUGUCAUUUAUCUCUUCUAUGCACUCCCCAUUUCGACUUCCGAACUGCCACAAGUAGUGAGGACUACAACCUAUAGGUGGCAGCCCCAUGAUAAUCAUCUUCCUAGCUUUCAAGUUGUACAAGUUCUGCACCAUUUAUAAACAUGUCAAAAGAAGCAAAUUCCUAGAAAUCUAACACAAGAAAAUGUUGCAGUCUGACUAUAAGGGCAGCAUAGUGGACUUCACCUUGAGUUGCUGCCUGACUAUAGAGGCUAAGAACUUGUUGAAAGUCCAUGGUUGAUAGAUGUUUUGAACAUUAGACACAUUACGGAGAUAGUAAUGUAUAUAGUCAUUGAUCCCAAUUGAAAUGUAAAAGACUGAGUUUGAGAUUAGAUCAGCUGCAGCCUGCUCUCCCAUACUCAACACAAACUUCUCAUAAGUAUCUGUAAA